AUGAACAACAACCCAUAUGGCCUCGUAGUGGAACUAGAACAACUUAGUAAGGAUAAAGUACACUUCUUGGAUAUAGUCAUAGAUAUGAAAGAAAGGGCGGUACAAACUUAUGUAUACAGAAAACCUACAGCGAUAUCAACGUAUAUACCUUAUGAAUCUUGUGACCCAUUUUCUUAUAAGAUAGCGGCGUUUAGAGCAUUAGUAGAAAGAGCAUAUACGCAUUCUUCCACCUCCCAAGCCCUCCAACGAGAAUUAAAUUACAUUAGGAAGAUCGCUAAAGAGCAUGGUUACAGCAAUAUUAUAAAAGGUUUAUGUAAGCAGCACCGGCGUUUGCAGAAUCGUGUAGAAGAAAAGGUAGAGGUACUAAAUAAUGGAAAUGAGGAUAGCGUAGAGAGGGUACCAAUAACGUAUAACCCGCAUCUAAAGGCAAUGUACGAAAAAAUUGCAAAAAUAAAAGGAAUUAAUAUUGCAUACAAAAGAAACCCAACCAUUUACAGUUUAUUAAGGAACGGGAAGGACAAUUCAAACCCAAAUAGGCUUCCAGGGAUAUACAGUAUUCCAUUAAAAGAUAACAGAUGGGAUAGGCCUUUAGUGUAUAUCGGAUCCACCAAGCGUUCAUUGGCCACAAGAUUAAAAGAGCAUAAAUCAGACAUUGAACAUAAUAAAUGUACAACAGCCCUAUCUACGUAUGCGACGAACCCGGACAUCACUCCUUUCUUCGAUGAAGCGCAUGUUAUUCGCACCACCCAACACCCGGAACAACUAAAAACUUUGGAGGCAGUGGAAAUCUUUUAA